GACGAGGCUCUGCUCAAAUCAAAUACCGUUCAGCUUCAAUUCGCCCUCAGCCGUUACCUCUUCUUCCCGCAGCUGGAUCUAGGUUACCUCUCUCUCUCUCUCCUGCUAGCUGCCCAUGUUAGAACUCGAAGAGCAAGCUCGUGCGGCCGUCGGCAAUCGGCGUGGGUUCUUCUACAAGUCCGGCCGGGCGGAACGAAACUCCACCACCGCCCUUUGAUGACCGGUAUGUCGAGUGCAAGCAAUACAAUAUCUAGCUUGUGA